UGAGCCGCAGCAUCUCCCCAUCCGGACCAGCACGGGGUCGGAGGUGAGGAUGGACCCCCCGACAGAGCCCGCAGAGUCCGGCUGGGGCGCCGCCCUCCGGGACCUCAACGUCAACGUCUCCGGUCCGCCAGGCGACGGCUCCAACCACAGCGGCGAGGCCCAACCCUCCCCAUCCGCGGUCCGCACGGUGGCCAUCCCGGUCAUCUACCUGCUGGUGUGCGCCGGCGGUCUGGGCGGCAACUCCCUGGUCAUCUACGUGGUCUUGCGCUUCGCCAAGAUGAAGACGGUCACCAACAUCUACAUCCUGAACCUGGCCGUGGCCGACGUCCUCUUCAUGUUAGGCCUGCCCUUCAUCGCCGCCCAGAACGCCCUCUCCUACUGGCCCUUCGGCUCCGCCCUGUGUCGGCUGGUCAUGGCCGUGGACGGCAUCAACCAGUUCACCAGCGUCUUCUGCCUGACCGUCAUGAGCCUGGACCGCUAUCUGGCCGUGGUUCACCCGCUCAAGGCCGCCGGAUGGCGGCGCCCGCCGGUGGCCAAGUUGAUCAGCGCAGCAGUCUGGGCCUUCUCGCUGCUGAUGUCCCUGCCGGUCAUCAUCUUCGUGGACGUCCAGGAGGUCUGGAACACCUGCAACAUCAGCUGGCCCGAGCCAGCCGACGUCUGGGGGGCCGUCUUCAUCAUCUACACGGCCGCGCUGGGCUUCUUUGGGCCCCUGCUGGUCAUCUGCAUCUGUCACCUGCUCAUCGUGAUCAAGGUCCGGGCGGCAGGAGCGCGGGCCGGGGCGGGCCGGCGCCGGCGCUCCGAGCGCAAGGUGACGCGCAUGGUGGUGGUGGUGGUGGCCGCCUUCGUGCUGUGCUGGCUGCCCUUCUUCACGCUCAACAUCGCCAACGCCGUCUUCCCGCUGCCCGAGGAGCACAGCUCCGACGGCCUCUACUUCUUCGUCGUCGUCCUGUCCUACGCCAACAGCUGCGCCAACCCCGUGCUGUACGGCUUCCUCUCCGACAACUUCAGGGAGAGCUUCCGCCGGGCACUGGGCCUGCGCCGCAGCCUCGGGCUGGGGACGGGGGGCCCCGCCGACCCCCGGCCGGACAAGUCCGGCCACUUGCGCACCACCGCCCUGCUGGCCGGGGGCUCGCGGGUCAAUGGGCACAUGCAGACCAGCCAGCUCUGA